AUGGACGUAGCAAUUAUUCGAGAUAUCAGUCGAUGGACUGAUGGUCUUCUAAAAUCGAUUGGAAUCAAACCACUCCCACCAACACCAUCGCCACCACCACCGCCUCCCGUGACACCUGCUUCAUUCACAGGCGUACUUCUAUCACCAACAGCGAAGAACUUUGUUCGCUGCGCUGGCUUGUCUGGUACUGUGGCGAUAUGUUUAGGUGUGUACGGGGCUCAUACAAUGAAGGACAGUGCAUCUGAAGAACUUCGUCGCUUAUUUCAAUUGGCACAAACCUAUCACCUGCUUCAUUCAGUUGCUUUACUUGGUUUACCAUUAGUCGGUCGCCCGGUGAUUACUGGUUCAUUGUUGAUCAGCGGUGUAACUUUGUUUUGUGGUCCUAUGUAUUAUCAUGCUAUUCAAAACGAUGCACGAUACCGUCGUGUUACCCCAUACGGUGGACUUCUUCUUCUAGCAGGAUGGUUCUACUCAUCCGUUCUCUAUGUCAUUCUUCUGCUCUACAGUCGGUUCAAAGAUAGAAAAGAUAUCGAAAAAUUGGGAGUGACACCGAUGAUCGACAAUCAUAAACAAGAUCAAUAUUUCUAUCAGAUUCUUAUUUUUACUGGUCAACGAUCAAAUGCUGGUACAAAGUCCAAAGUUUAUUUUGUGCUGUCAGGUGAUGAAGAUCAAACAGAUAUUCGUGCAUUGGCUGAUCCACAUCGAAAAGUUCUGCAACGUGGUGGGAUUGAUGCUUUUGCGAUGGCAGUACCCAAAUCAUUGGGAUUGUUGAAUUACGUUCGAAUUUUGCAUGAUAAUUCAGGUGAGGGCCAGUCAGCAUCAUGGUAUCUCAAAUAUAUCAUUGUUCGUGAUUUACAAACAAUGGAUAAAUUCUACUUCAUUGCUCAACGAUGGUUCGCCGUUGAAAAAGAUGAUGGACGAAAAGCAUAUCACAGUGCAUCUGAUGGUCAUCUCUGGUUUUCGAUCUUCUCUCGACCGCCAUCCAAUCGAUUUACAUGUGUCCAACGAUGUAUUUGUUGUUUUGUUCUCUUCUUCAUUUCCAUGUUGCUCAAUAUCAUGUAUUAUGAUCUAUCAAAUGAAGCCAAAUCAACCAAUACAACACAGAUCAAUGGUUUAGCCAUUGGUCCACUUUACAUCACACCACAACAGAUUGCAAUCGGCGUCAUCGUUGAACUUUUCACAUUAGUUCCAAGUCUUUUCAUUGUUCAAUUCUUUCGUCGAAUUCGAUCUCGACAACAGAUCUCACCAUUACAACAAACCUUACUUACAAAUCUCGAACAAAUAACAAAACAAAAGAAGAAACCAACGUCGGGUACAUUUCCUUGGUGGUGUAUAUUCAUUGCCUACGCUCUCUCAUUUAUGAUCAUUGUUGUUUCGAUUUUCUUCAUUAUCGUACGAGGCAUUGAAUUUGGUGAUGUGAAAACACAAAAGUGGUUAACAUCUGUUCUCACUGGUUUCUUCUCAUCGAUUCUUGUCUCUCAGCCCAUCAAAAUCUUAGUUUUGGCAGUGAUUUUUGCCUUUUUCUGUCGAUCUUCAUCAACUGAUAAAGAAGCAAAGGAAUACAUUGAUGAUGAUCGAAUAGAGUUCGAUGAUAUUGCUGAUGGUUAUCUUCAUUCAUCUGAGAAUGACACUUUGUUUAGUCUUCAAACAAGGACACCUAUAAAACGACUUGGUGAAAAUGAAAUUGCUGAAGCCCGUGAACAACGUCUCAAAGAUAUUCAAAUGUGGUUAAUCAUUCGAGAAUUCACUUUACAUAUCAUCUUUUCGACAUUGAUCUUUAUCAUCACUUAUGCCAAUUGUGAACAAAACAGUUUCUAUCAAGUCAAACAUCUUCGUUCGUAUUUCUUCAACACUCGACAAUCUACUCUCGAUUAUACUCAGAUUUUGACAAUUGAUCAAUAUUGGAACUGGCUAGAGAAGAGUUUUCUCUCAAAUCUUCGUGCUCAACAAUGGUACAAUGGUGAUGCACCACGAUAUCUCUCUGGUUUUCUCAAUGACAAAUCUAAUCGACUCAUCGGCUGGGCCAUCAUCAGACAACUUCGAAGCAAACCAGAGCUAUGUGAUGAUCAACAUCUGCAAAUCAUAUGUGAACAUACUUAUAGCAUCUUCAAUGAAGACAAACAUUCUUAUCAACCAGGAUGGUCGAAUGAAACAACAACAACAGAAACUGAUGGAACAUACAGUUCAUCGAUUCUCAAAGCAUUUCGAUAUCGAUCAAGUGAUGAAUUACACACUUAUCCGUAUGUUGGUGAAUAUGAAACACAUGCAGGUGAUGGAUACGUUUAUGUGAAUUUACAACUGGCAGUAUAUGUCAAUGAUGUGUUGACCUAUUUACUUGCUUAUUGUUGUUUCUUUGGUUUGAUUCGAUUUGUGAAACUCUUUCGUUUCAAUCAUCGCAUUUCAUUAUUCACGGAAACACUUCGCAUAGCUGGCAAAGAACUUGUUCAAUUCUUCAUCAUGUUUUCAGUUGUAUUUAUGGCGUUUCUUACCUUGUUCUAUCUGUUAUUUGUUGCCAAACUAUCAGCAUGUUCAACUCUGUUGAGUACAGCACAAAUGUUAUUUGAAGUGACGUUGAUGAAAUUUGAUGCAUCUGAACUGAUCGCAGCUGGUGCAUUUCUUGGUCCAUUCUGUUUUACUUUGUUCAUAUUUAUAGUUGUGUUCGUUUGCUUAAGCAUGUUUCUUUCCAUUAUCAAUGAUAGUUUUCGACAAGCGAAAGAAACGAAAAUCGCGGAUCAAGAGAUUCUUUCGUACAUGAAAGAGAGGCCAAUCGAAGAAAAACAAAUGUAA